AGCGAGCGGGUGGGCGCCCCCGAGCCGCGCGCACUUCCGGGACGCGGCGCGCAGCCCGGUGACUGCUCGGCGGGCGCGCGGUGGUUUGCGGGGUGUCUGGGCGAGCUAGCGGCUCAGCUGGGUGUGAGUGGGCGCCCGCAGAGGCGCUGAGAGAGAAGGCGGUAAAUCUCGGGACUCCGAGGCCGCCCCAGAAAUGAUUCACGAACUGCUCUUGGCGCUGAGUGGGUACCCAGGGUCCAUUUUCGCGUGGAACAAGCGGAGUGGCCUGCAGGUUUCCCAGGACUUCCCAUUUCUUCACCCCAGUGAAACUAGUGUCCUGAAUCGACUCUGCCGGCUUGGCACAGACUACAUUCGAUUCACGGAGUUCAUUGAACAGUACACAGGCCAUGUGCAGCAACAGGAUCACCAUCCAUCCCAGCAGGGCCAAGGCGGGCUCCAUGGAAUCUAUCUGAGGGCCUUCUGCACGGGGCUGGAUUCAGUUUUGCAGCCUUAUCGCCAAGCCCUGCUUGACCUGGAACAAGAGUUCCUGGCUGACCCACAUCUCUCCAUAUCACAUGUCAAUUACUCUUUAGAUCAGUUCCAGCUCCUUUUCCCCUCUGUGAUGGUUGUAGUGGAACAAAUUAAAAGCCAAAAGAUUCAUGGCUGUCAGAUCCUGGAAACAGUUUAUAAGCAUAGCUGUGGGGGUUUGCCUCCAGUUAGAAGUGCACUGGAAAAAAUCCUGGCUGUCUGCCAUGGAGUCAUGUAUAAACAGCUCUCAGCCUGGAUGCUACACGGACUUCUUUUGGACCAGCAUGAAGAGUUCUUUAUAAAACAGGGUCCGUCUUCUGGUAAUAUCAGUGUCCAGGCGGAAGAGGAUGAAGAGGAUCUGGGUAUUGGAGGACUGACGGGAAAACAGUUGCGAGAACUGCAGGACCUGCGCCUAAUUGAAGAAGAGAACAUGCUGGCCCCGUCUCUGAAGCAGUUUUCCCUGCGGAUGGAGAUUUUACCAUCCUACAUUCCAGUGAGGGUUGCUGAAAAAAUCCUCUUUGUUGGAGAAUCUGUUCAGAUGUUUGAGAAUCAAAAUGUGAACCUGACGAGGAAAGGCUCCAUCUUGAAGAACCAGGAGGACACUUUUGCUGCAGAACUGCAUCGGCUCAAGCAGCAACCACUCUUCAGCCUUGUGGAUUUUGAGCAGGUGGUGGAUCGAAUUCGCAGCACUGUGGCUGAGCACCUCUGGAAGCUAAUGGUCGAGGAGUCAGACUUACUGGGUCAGCUGAAGAUCAUUAAAGACUUUUACCUUCUGGGACGAGGAGAACUGUUCCAGGCCUUCAUUGACGCAGCUCAACACAUGUUAAAAACACCACCCACUGCAGUGACAGAGCAUGAUGUAAACGUGGCCUUUCAACAGUCAGCACACAAGGUGCUGCUAGAUGACGACAACCUUCUCCCUCUGUUACACUUGACAAUCGAGUAUCAUGGGAAGGACCAUAAAGCAGAUGCCACCCAGCCAAAAGAAGGGCACUCUCGGGAAACGUCCCCACGGGAAGCCCCUGCUUCCGGCUGGGCAGCUCUAGGUCUCUCCUACAAAGUACAGUGGCCACUACAUAUUCUCUUCACCCCAGCCGUCUUAGAAAAGUACAAUGUUGUUUUCAAGUACUUACUGAGUGUGCGCCGUGUCCAGGCUGAACUACAGCACUGCUGGGCUCUUCAGAUGCAGCGCAAGCACCUCAAAUCUAACCAGACAGAUGCAGUCAAGUGGCGCCUAAGAAAUCACAUGGCCUUCUUAGUAGAUAAUCUUCAGUACUAUCUCCAGGUAGAUGUGCUGGAGUCUCAGUUCUCACAGCUUCUUCAUCAGAUCAAUUCUACGCGGGACUUUGAGAGCAUCCGAUUGGCACACGAUCACUUCCUAAGCAAUCUUUUGGCACAGUCCUUUAUUUUGCUGAAACCUGUGUUUCACUGCCUGAAUGAAAUCCUAGAUCUCUGUCACAGUUUUUGUUCACUGGUCAGUCAGAACCUGGGUCCACUGGAUGAACGGGGGGCUGCCCAGCUGAGCAUUCUUGUGAAGGGCUUUAGUCGCCAGUCUUCACUCCUCUUCAAGAUUCUUUCCAGUGUUCGGAAUCACCAGAUCAAUUCAGAUUUGGCUCAGUUACUGCUCCGGCUAGAUUAUAACAAGUAUUAUACCCAGGCUGGUGGGACUCUGGGCAGUUUUGGGAUGUGAAAACUGGUUCUUAAAAUGAAGUAACCAUCAGCCCUACCACGCUCUGAUGUCUGUAAUAAGCCUCCCCAGGCAUCACAAGAUGCCUGCAGACUGGUGAAAGGAUGCUACCUUUUCUUCUAGAAGCAG